CAGCUGCAUAUGCAAAUUCAUGCUCAUUCCCAAAAAAAAAAAAACAAAAAAAAGAUAAGACUCACUAGCAUGAAAGCAUGCUUCUUUCUUCCUGUUCUGCUUCUCUUCUCUCUUUCCUUCAAAGCUCAUCUCUGCAGAGGUUCAGAUACCAUCUUCCCAGGCCAGUCUCUUUCUGGAAACCAAACAAUCAGAUCUGAUGGCGGUACAUUUGAACUGGGCUUCUUCACUCCAGACAAUGGAAAUUUAGUCGUGCGAGGGAAUUCAAAUUCCUCCAGUGUGGCGUGGCAGAGUUUUGAUCACCCAACUGAUACAUGGCUGCCUGGUGGGAGGAUUGGAUACAGUAAGCUCACCAAUGAAAAGAUAUUUCUGACUCCAUGGAGAAAUCCAGAAAAUCCAGCACCUGGAAUUUUCUCCAUUGAGGUGGAACUGAAUGGAACAAGUCAUGUACUGCUAUGGAAUCAUACUAAAAUGUAUUGGAGUAGUGGGGAGUGGACUGGCAAGAACUUUGUCAAUGCUCCUGAAAUAGAAAGAGACUAUUACAUUAAAAAUUACAGGUAUGUGAGGACAGAGAAUGAAAGUUAUUUCACCUAUGAUGCUGGUGUCCCUACGGCUGUCACUAGACUCCUGGUGGAUUACACUGGGCAGUUCAAGCAGUUUGUUUGGGGAAAAGACUUCACGCAGUGGACUAUCUUAUGGAUGCGGCCGACACUACAAUGUGAAGUCUAUGGUUUCUGCGGAGCUUUCAGUAGCUGCAAUACUCAAAAGGAACCUCUUUGUGAGUGUAUGCAAGGCUUUGAACCCACUAUGCUUAAAGAUUGGCAAUUGGAAGACCAUUCAGAUGGGUGUGUGAGGAAGACCCCUCUGCAAUGUGGAAAUGGAGGAAAUGACACCUUUUUUGUGAUUUCCAAUACAGCCUUUCCAGUUGAUCCAGAGAAGUUGACAGUUCCGAAGCCUGAGGAAUGUGAAAAAACUUGCUUGAGCAAUUGUUCUUGCACUGCAUAUGCUUAUGAUAAUGGGUGUUUGAUCUGGAAAGGAGCUCUCUUUAAUCUACAAAAGCUCCAUGCUGAUGAUGAGGGUGGAAGAGAUUUCCAUGUGCGAAUUGCAGCAUCUGAGCUGGGGGAAACUGGAACAAAUGCCACUAGAGCGAAGACCACAAGGGAGAAGGUCACUUGGAUUCUCAUUGGAACAAUUGGAGGGUUCUUUCUGGUCUUUAGUAUUGUUCUCAUUCUUCUCCACAGGAGACAGAGGCGAACCUUCGGUCCACUUGGGGCAGGUGACAAUUCUUUGGUGCUUUUUAAGUACAAAGAUCUACAAAGUGCAACAAAGAACUUCUCAGAAAAACUUGGGGAAGGAGCAUUUGGUUCUGUUUUCAAAGGCACAUUGCCCAAUUCAGCUGCCAUAGCAGUGAAGAAACUUAAAAACCUAAUGCAAGAAGAGAAGCAAUUCCGUACAGAAGUGAGAAGCAUGGGAACAAUACAACACGCUAAUCUUGUCCGCCUUCGAGGAUUCUGUGCAAAAGCUUCAAAAAGAUGUCUAGUCUUUGAUUACAUGCCCAAUGGUUCCCUAGAAUCUCACUUGUUUCAAAGGGAUUCCAAGACUCUUGAUUGGAAAACAAGAUACAGCAUUGCAAUUGGGACUGCUAGAGGAUUGGCUUACCUCCAUGAGAAAUGCAGAGACUGCAUCAUACAUUGUGACAUCAAGCCUGAGAACAUUUUGCUGGACACUGAAUUCAACCCAAAAGUGGCUGAUUUCGGUCUUGCAAAGCUUAUGGGACGAGACUUUAGCCGGGUUUUGACAACAAUGAGAGGAACCAUAGGCUACCUUGCACCAGAAUGGCUUUCAGGUGAAGCUAUCACACCAAAAGCUGAUGUUUUCAGCUACGGAAUGCUCCUUCUUGAGAUUAUAUCAGGAAGGAGAAACAGAAACCUGUUAGAUGAUGGGACAAAUGAUUACUAUCCCAAUCGGGCUGCCAAUACGGUGAACAGAGGGCACAAUUUUCUUACCUUGUUAGAUAAAAGGCUAGAGGGUAAUGCCGAUAUGGAAGACCUGACUAGAGCCUGCAAGGUUGCCUGUUGGUGCAUUCAAGAUGAUGAGAAGGACAGGCCAACCAUGGGGCAGAUAGUUCGAGUUCUGGAAGGAGUCUAUGAAAUGGGCACACCUCCAAUCCCUUGUUUUUUCCAGCAAUUUUUCCCAAGAAAUACAGCUGACAGCGCCAUUAUUUACCAGGAGGUUUCUUCCAGCUCAAACUCAUACCUCAGCAUGAGUUUGAAAUAAAGGUCUAUGCCCUCUUUGCGAUUCAGAUAACAGAAACACUACGAUCAUCAAUCUCAAUACUUGGCCAACUAUUAUCCAAGAUUUGCUGCAUGUAAUUUUUCAUCCUAUUUUGGAAAGAUGUAUGUAUCAUUGCUUAUUGCAAAGGGCUUUGGUACUGAAUCUUUUACUUGAAAGACAAUAUACCAUCCAUAAACGUUACCAGUUCUGCUGUUU